AUGUCACCGCCGGUACCACCUGUGACAUACCCGGCACCACCACAACCUGUGCCUGCUACUGCAUACCCGACACCCGUACCAGUAGUGCCAGUCACUCCUCCGGUACCACCAUCUACCAUACCUCCCUCCCCUAUUACCUAUAUUGACCCUGCAGUGCCACCAGCGGUACUGGCCCCGACUUAUGCAACAGCACCAGGGGUAUCUACCCCGGCCUAUCCAGCGAUACCACUCGGAGAACCAACUCCAGUGGUACCGCCGGUUCUUGCAACAGUCCCUACUCACCUUAUUGAUAUAAUUGUGGCACGAGCUUGGAUCCCAACUUUGGCAGAGUUGAUGAAAAGUCGAUUCACGCUAUUCCGCGGGGAGACCGAUCCGAGCAUGGAUCAGUCCUGGAUAGAGACUAUGGAGCGGACUUUCUUCCAUAUGGCUUGCUCCAAGCGGGAGAAGGCAGAGUUGGCUGCUUUCCAUUUACGGGACGAGGCCGAUUUUUGGUGGGAUAUAUAG